AGUUAGUGACUGGCGGUAGCCGCGUGUAGACGUUGUGAGUUUUAAUUCUUGACGCGAAAAGAUCCUUAUCGUGACGAGACGAGUCCAGUUAGUGAGACCGAACGAAGACAUAAAUUCAACGAGGAAGCAAAAAAAAAACUGCCACGACACCCACUCGACCACCACCAUCGUAGCGUCAGAUAGGACGCUAGGCGACAUUUCAUUUACACAGUAGAAGUACACUACCGCUGCUGGCUGGCUGGCUGGUUGGCUGAUAGAAGCUUAAAGCACCCGCAGCUACACAACACAAUACCCACACUCAUGAUGAUGCCGUCGCUGUCCGUGUCACUGGUCUUCGUGUUCGGUCUGAUGCUGACCGUCGUCGUGAGCGCACAAAAGUACACCGAUAAAUUCGACAACAUCAACGUCGAUCAGGUGCUCGGCAACGACCGCAUCCUGAACAACUACCUCAAGUGCCUGCUGGAGAAGGGACCGUGCACCCAGGAGGGACGGGAGCUGAAGAAACUCCUCCCCGAUGCACUGAAGACAAAUUGUGAAAAAUGCAGCGAAAAACAGAAGACCAACUCCCGCAAGGUUAUUAACCAUUUGGAGACCAAGAAGCAGGCUGAGUGGAAGAAACUUCUCGACAAGUACGACCCGGAGGGUAUUUACAAGAGCAAGUUCGAGAAGUUGAAUAAGAGCGCUGCUUAGGAGCAGUUAGAACAGUUGUUUCUGUACGGGAAUUUGAUUUCAAGUGUUAAGUAUUCCGAGAGAAAAGUUUCAGACUAAAGAAAAGACUAAGUUGUGAAAUUCGUACUAAAUGUUAGGUGGCCAUAAAAAAGUGAAAA